UAAAUAAGUAAAAAGAAAAGAAAAGAAGAAGCACCGUCGUUGUCUAAAAAUAUCUAAAAUAAUUAAGAAGACGAAGCAACCCAUCAGCGUCGUGUUUGUCUUUUAUCAUCAUCGUACGUUGAAAACUCGUCGACUUAUAAAGCGUCUAUCUUCCAAUCUCUCUGAAAGCCUUCACCUUUCUCCCAUUUUCGAGCUUGAUCAUCAUUUUCGUAUUACAUCGCGUUUUUUUGUUUGUUAUCCUUAUCCUCCCCUCCCACUCGAAUCUUACCUCCCAUGGAAGGGAACAUCUUCAUGUCUGAUGCUCAACGAACACAUGAUGAUGGCUUCAUAACCAACCAAAAAUCUGAUCUCAUCACCGGUUCAAAGAGAGCUCAAGCUAAUGAAAGUGGCUGUUUUGAUUGCAACAUCUGUUUAGACACAGCCCAUGAUCCGGUCGUCACUCUCUGCGGACACCUUUUCUGCUGGCCUUGCAUUUACAGGUGGUUACAUGUUCAGUUAUCCUCUGUCUCCAUUGAUCAGCACCAAAACAACUGCCCUGUCUGUAAAUCCAACAUUACCAUCACCUCAUUAGUUCCUCUCUAUGGUAGAGGCAUGCCUUUGCCCUCUUCCACGUUUGGCUCCAGGAAACAAGAAGCAGAAUCCACAGAAAUACCCCGCAGACCUGCUCCAACAACAUUAUACAAUCCAAUCUCUUCAGGAUCAUCUCUGAACCCAAGCUUGCAACAUCAAACUCUGUCUCCAACAUUCCAUAACCUCCAAUAUUCCCCUCGUGGCUUCACCACAACCGAAUCAACCGACCUUGCCAAUGCAGUAAUGAUGAGUUUUCUCUACCCAGUGAUUGGAAUGUUUGGGGACAUGGUCUACACCAGGAUUUUUGGGACGUUCACAAAUACAAUAGCUCAGCCUUACCAAAGCCAGAGGAUGAUUCAUCGUGAGAAGUCUCUUAAUCGGGUAUCGAUAUUCUUCCUUUGUUGCAUCGUCCUCUGCCUCCUUCUCUUCUAGCUCUCUCUUUUUGUAUAGUUUGUGAUGUAAAUAGGCUGUAAACUCGAAGUCUAUGGUAUAGUUAUUGCUGACUCCAUUGUUCCGAGUUAGGUCUCAAAUUGCUGGCCAAUUUCUUGUUGUGUAUUGCACAAAUAUAGAUAUAUGUGCUUGUAUCUAAUCUUCCUGAACCAUGUCGAAAUUGAAGAAGUAUCUGAACAAUCCAUCAUCUAUUUUUCAACC